AUGGAAAUCUCCAAACCACUAGUUUUAGUCGUUUUAAUAGCCACCGUGUUUGUUUUCCGUAGGUUUUUUAGUUCUGUUUUCGGCUCAAUGACGGCAUCUCCAGAGACUGUUCAAAAAGUUCAAGGGUUCAUCAAGGACAACAAGAUUUUUGUUGCUUCCAAGACGUACUGUCCUUACUGUCAGGCCACGCUUAAGUUGCUGUUUGAGGACAAAAAGUUGUCGAAAGACCAGGUUUUGCUGUUGCAACUGGACACCAUCAAGGAAGGGUCUGAAAUUCAAGAAGCGCUACAAGAAAUCACCGGCCAAAGAACUGUGCCCAACGUUUUCAUUUCGGGCAAGCACAUCGGUGGCAACAGCGAUUUGCAAGCCUUGGAAUCGAGUGGCAAGCUUGACGCCUUGUUGCAGAAGGCCUUGGCUUAG